CGUGCUGCACACCAAUUGGAAAUUCACAAACAAAAAAUAAAUCUAAGUUCUAGGGACUUUAGAUCCAUGGCUAGUGAUGCCCCUAGCCACGUUCUGUCCAGUUCUGACAAUCCUGUAGCGGUAGAAGACAUUAAGAACGAGCCCGAGAUUCCUGAUGUGUCUCUUCUGGACUUCUGUGCCCAGCUAGAGGACUAUACACCCACUGUUCCCGAUGCUGUGACUGUUCACUUUCUCCAGAAAGCGGGAUUCUCCACACGUGAUCCCAAGAUUGUGAGACUGGUGUCACUGGCGGCUCAGAAGUUCAUAUCAGAUAUUGCCAACGAUGCUCUCCAACAUUGCAAGAUGAGGAGUGCUGGACAGAGUGCAAGAAAGGCAACAAAGGAUCGUAAGUACACACUGACAAUGGAGGACUUGGGCAAAGCGCUUGGGGAAUAUGGCAUCAACCUCAAGAAGCCUGCCUACUACACUUAAGGAACCAUAAACCAAUUAUCAUUGUAACUCUCACUGUCAGCUUUCUGUCUAAGUGCCCACUGUACAUUGUGUAUCUCUUCCUCUGUGGUGUCCAUUCAACAAUGCUCUCUAUCAAUGGUAUCAAAGGGACUCCAAUUUCAUUGUCUUCUAUAUUCUUAUUAUGUUCUUUGAUCAAUAUUUACAACCACUUUUAUAUAAUGCAAUACUAUUGACAAAAAGAA